AUGCACCAACAACCACAGCUUCAACAACCACUACAGCGGAUACAGGAUGCCGCCAACCUCGCCCCUCAAACAGAAACAACAGACGUUUCGACCGAUACAACAAUAGCAAUAGGUGAGCAGAGAAUAGAGAACAGUCCCCCUCAAUCGCCUCCUGGGUCAGCAGCAGCUUCAAUUGCAUCAAAGACGACAAAAUCACCUCAGCAGACUUGUCGACAUGCCGUGACCUUUCUGCCUGUCAUCGAGUCCGUCCCCGAGGAGUCUCAGCCAACUGCCGUCGCACCACCUGCACUCCCAGUUGGAAGCGAUAAAAGUAACAUUGAUGGACCUGCACCUGGAGCGAGUAUCGAGCCAGUGCCAGUAACGUUAUCGCCACGGAUACCACCAAGAGUCAGUGGCUCCUUGAAGAGUCUCAACGCAGCGCAGGGGUUGCUCAGUGCAGCACCAAAGGCCCCGCUGGAACUCUCUCCGUCGUCAACCCAGCCAAGCACGGCAGUGACCUCCGAGAAGAAUGCCUGGCCAACAUCCAUCUCGAAUCCAGAAGAGAUUGAGCAGUAUCGAGCAGAACUAAGCAUUUCAGCCUACCGCUCAUUACUCAACACUCAAAUGAAGUCGGGAAGCUUGAUUAGCGGGAGCGGGAACAGUAGCAGUAGCGGAUCUCAGACGGGAUCAUCUUCAGCAGUACCAACGGCACCCUCCGGUGUUUCGACCUCAUCCUCCCCAGCAGCCUCGCUAGGCUCGUCUCUGUCACCCAACAUGAAUCACAACACAGCUGCAAUGACAGCCACCACUACUUCUUCUCCAUUGGGGCAUUCCGACAUCGUGUCCAGCUCCAGUCCUCAAGAUCAGUCAUGGUAUCACUUCAAACAGAGCACAAGCAGCGGAUCCAUGCUUUCGAGUUCCUACUCGUAUGGAUAUGAUGACAGUCUCGAUCCCUCUGCCCCCGGUUCCCGGACGUCCCUUCAUGUCAAGCGAGGCUCAAUGGGGAGCGCUGCAGCUGCCAAGCUUCGCCUCUCGCCUGUGAACAUCAAACUCAACCCUUCCAGCAACGACCAACAACAAUACAGCCCCAGUUUGUCCAGCGGAUCAGGAUCUCCUUCUCCCAGCUCCGGAUCUCCUCUCAUGUCGUCGGCAUCUUCAAUAUCCUCGCCCCAUUCGAGCGUCAAUUGGAAGGCGCGCCUUAGGCGGUCUCUGUCGAACCAGGAGAAGAUCCAGUCGCCACUCUCAAAUGUCUUCAACCCAGAUAUGACUCAGUCCGAGAGCGGCGAUGGAAAGUCCUCUGCAGAAAGUCUUCAUCGGGAUGGUCAAGUCAACUAUCGAGUAUCCCGCGAGAAGAGCUAUGACAUAGAUCCUGAAAGCCCUGCGGGAUCAGGAGACGAUGAGGACUAUCUAGAGGAACACCAACGGACGGUGACGUCGACUUUUCUCCAGCAGACACAAACAGAAAGGAGCAGAUCGUCCGUCGACAGUAAUGGCUCAAGUACAGGCGACCAAACAUUCACUCCAGCCUCCCGCCGGGAGCAACUUUCCGACUGUUUCCUUCCCAUCAACGUGCCCCAUUCACCACAAUCACAACCAGAGUCGCCAGGGCUGGCCCUCUCCGCACCAAUACGAUCAGCCUACAGUAGCAACCCCCAGCACUUUCUCCCUUCUCAUCUUGCGUCACAGGGAAGGGCGCAGAGCAGGCAGCGACAACGACACUUGAACCGAUCUAUCGACUCACAAAAGUCAUCUUCAUUAGAGGAGCAGGACUCUUCACCACCUGCAUCUCCUAUGGCAGUCAACAUCCCAUCCCCUUACUCGAUUUCUGGAUCAGGAACCACCUUGCCUACCGAGAUUCCCAUAGCAAGGAGGUCAUCGUCCCUCGCGUCAUCUCCAUCCUCUUACCAACGACAUCAUUCGGUCUAUGUUCUCAGCGGUCAGAUGUUCAAAAACUCGCCGCAAGGAUCGCCCAAAUCUCAUCUGGCACGAGUUCUGGCAUCGGAUCAGGAGAACUACUACACCACCGACAGUGACUCGGAUUGUUGCGGUGGAAAGCCUGUUGGCAGGAAAAAGUCGAUCGACCGAGUGUUUUCUGAUUCCGAUGCAGAGGAUGACACCAGGCAGAAGCGCGGAGCUAUCAGAGGGUUCCACUUCCCCCCAAGGACUGCUCUUCGUCUGGAGUACGACUCGGACCACACCACCGGAUCGACUAAUGGACCUCCUUCAAGCCGGAUCGACAAACUAAUGUCAUCGCCUUCCCUGAGUGCCUUUGGUAGUACGCCAAUGGUUCACUCGAGCUCUCUUCCAGCCUUCUUCCCCGACUUGUCCGCCAACGCCCCUCAAAACCUCGUCUCUCAGAUCGGAUUUAUGGACGACACGAACGAGCUGAACGCUGCGAACGCUCUGAUCCAUGAGAUGGUGCGCGCCAAGACGAAGAGCGAUGCUGAGAUUCGGAUUGUUCUGGAUGGCUGGUAUGAGUGCAAGCGAGACAAGGACAUUGCAUGCAUGACGUUUCAGCAGGAGAUUCCGGAUGCAUAUGCACCCAUAUGGACAGAGGACAAGCCUGCCAUGGACUCGCCUAGUCAAUGGAGCGUGAUGGACGAUAUCCAAGGAACUCCCCUCCCACCCUUCUCGUUCGGCGACGCGUGGUAUGAGACGAGCGUCGGACCACUCGACAAGGCACCCGCGACAAGGAACGCGGAGACACUGGGGAAAUCCUCACGCCACAACAGCAUCGGGCACAAGGACGCCCUGGCAGCAUUGAUGGUGACUUCCCGAUCCUACAGUAACAACACUGCCCUCCCUGCUGGAAAGGAAGUGAACAGGAGUAACUCGAUUCCCUCGGGCAACCUUGUACCGAGCUCGGCUGUUGUAGUAUCCACCGCACCCGUCGAUGUACCCUCACUUGCCCCAGGGCACAUGCCGGAAGCGGAGGAAGCCACCAAUCUCAGAGCGAUUUCUCGCAAGCAGUCGAUCCUUUCCCGCCGCAUUAUUGCAUCCAACAGUUGGCCGCCCACCAUCCUUGCAAGUUCGCACACCACCUUGCUCAUCUCGAUUGAGUGUAUCUCUCAACAGAUCUUGCACACUCCAGUGUCGUCCAUCAUUGCACAUCCUCUACGAGCGGUCGAGAGUAUGAAGUCAUUGCAGACUCUUAUGGACCGACAACGUCGCAUGGCAGUUGGAAACGCAGAAGCCGAGGACCUGUUGACCAAGCUUGUCUAUGUGUUUGCCCCAGUGUGUCGACUAGCCGAACGACUUCAUGAGCAACGCUUGAACGAGGAUCUCCAAGCGACGGAACUUCCCUCUGGGAACUUGAUGCUGGAGCAGAGUAUGCCGUUCUCACAUCUGGACUGGUCGCCUUUGCCGUCACCUGCCAUGCCGAUUCAAACUGCCGAAAAUGAAAAGUCAAAGUCGGCAGCAUCCAUGGACGAGCAGAUCGAAAAGAGUACAAGGGCAAGGUCUUCCACACAAAACUCGGCGUCGACAGAGCCAGGAUUGCGCACCUCCAUCCAUCGUUCUCCCGAGGUCACUCCGGUGACGACAAGAACAUCGCUUGAUCAGCAUCUCAAAGGAAAGAGCGAUGUCUUUGCCCCUGCGAACUGCGUUGUGGCGGAACAUGCAAGCGCGUUCUCUGCGGGUGAAAUCCAGCUCCAGUCGACCGCGACCGCUCUGGCCUUGCCUCCAUUGCCCAGCAAGCGAUUCUCUGCCCCUCCUCUGUCAAGAGCCAUGACCUUAGACAUCAAGCAAGCUAUGACUUCGCCACUUAUCAGUCAACUUUCGCCUAAGUCUCCAGAGGCGCGACGGUUAACAGAGUCCAAGCCUGACCAGGAACAACACCGAGAUGCACCUUCAAGCCAGGAACGUAGAACCCUUACAGUUUCGGCUGCACAGCCAAGCUCUAUCUCCCUCCGCUCCUUAGACACCAGUUUGCAAAGGAUGGAGAGCAAGGAUGCCGCCAACGAAAGUGACAGCUCCGGUGUCUUAGGCGCCUCCAAAGUGAGGAAACCCGGUGAUAAGAAGAAGACGACUAUGGGCUUACUCAAGUCGUUCAAGUCUAUAUUCAAUCACCAGCAGAGCAGCUCAGGUGAUAAGUCGCUAUCACCCAUGUCUCCUUCCCAAUCCGCGCAGCUCUCGCCUCUAUCGCCCCUGUCGCCUGGACUCUCAUCCCCAUUGUCUGGUCCAGUCAAACCCGGCCCCUUUGGACUUCGACAUCGGUCAUCAGUCACGUCUACGAAUUUGAUCCGCUCCCAGACGAUCGACCCUACGACAUCCCAACAAUUUCCUUCGCUGGAUGUACCCACAAAGUCAGACUCCCAAUCCGUUGCGACUGUGGACCUCUCCCAGAACCUCACUGUCUGCAGAAUCUGCGACGAAGAGAUUUUGCUAUCGCUCUUGGAUCGGCACAGCGAAACCUGUAAGCUCCAGCAUGAAUGUAGUCAGAAGCUCGAGAGCUGCAACCAUGCCUUGGGCAAACUCAGCGCCUGUGUUUGGCAGCGCAGAGAGUUGAUCGAGGCCAUGAACCGACCGUACGUGGACUACCACAGCAUCAGGGACUCAGAGAAGAUUCAGAUUCUCUCCCAGAAGGCAUCCCUGGUACUCGAAUCCAACCCUCGGAACGCGAUACGCAAGCUGGAGAAGUACCACCAGAAAAUCAGCAACAUGCUCCAGGACUCCAGGAACCCGGCAUACGACGAGGAGCUCAUGAGCAUCACAAAGAAGAUCGCCCAUGUGAUUCGAGAGAAGCUGGCAACGAUGCGCACGAUCCAGGGCCAGCUCAGUCAGCUGACAGGACGCGACGGCGGCGACAACGGCAUCGUCAUUCGGUCUCAAAGUGCUAGCGCGAUCAGUUCCCAGAGCGAGCUCCAGCAGCCUUCUUCGUCGACUUCGUUUUGGGGUGGUAGGAAGAAGUCAAAGUCCAAACCCAAGGAUGGUGUGACACGAUCAACCAAGCCGCCAUUGCCCAUACAGUCUUCUCAGACCAUGACAGGAAUUACCGGUAAGCGGAUUAGCCCGAUCUCCUGGGUCGAUCAAGGAUUUGCCUCCAAGCAUUCGAGACGUGAGAGCAGCGGAUCAAAUUUCUCGAAUAAUGACUUGGAGACGGCACACCCUGGUGCGGACAUGACUGUCGUUAAUAGAAAGAAACGAUCUGGAUCUAUGUCGGCUGCUCAAGGACCAUUGGGUCUGUCAGGUUCAUCGGAGAAACCGAGCAAGAACUUCAGCACCAUCUUUGCUGCUUUUUUGCGAGCAUCGCGCCAAAGGAUCAACAGCUACAACAACCUUGCGGGCCAGUCCAAGGGCAUCUCCGGCGAGGCAGAGACAGGCCGCAAUGGCUUCUUCGGAGGCGGAGGCCCCUCCGGUGUUUUGUCGCCUCCCUUCAACAACGCGUCAGCUUACAAGAGUCGCGUGCCAAGUAUCCAAGACUUUGAAAUCAUUAAGCCUAUCAGUCGUGGAGCAUUCGGUAAGGUGUACCUAGCGAGGAAAAAGACGACGAAGGAUCUCUAUGCCAUCAAGAUUCUCAAGAAAGCUGACAUGGUCCGCAAGAACAUGGUCAACCAUGUCUUGGCCGAGCGACGUGUCCUUGCCUUGACGCGGACGCCUUUUGUCGUGCAACUGUUCUACGCGUUUGCGAGCAAGGAUUACUUGUACUUGGUGAUGGAGUAUGUCAUCGGUGGGGAUCUCUCGUCGCUCUUGGCUGUCUUUGGAUCGUUUGACGAGGACAUGGCUAAGAUGUACAUUGCCGAGUGUAUUCUGGCACUGGAGUACCUACAUUCGAACGGGAUCACCCAUCGCGAUCUCAAACCGGAUAACAUGCUUGUCAACGCCGAGGGCCACAUUAAGCUGACCGAUUUUGGACUGAGUCGUAUUACUGUUCCUGAUCAAAAUGACAUGUUCAACUGGCAUGAUCACAAGGCUCCAUCGCUGAACCGGCGACAUAUUGCUCGGCCUCCUUCUCACCCACCCAAGACAUCGACCAUCAAGAAAUCGGCGACCAUUGGCAGCCUCGAGGGCAAGGAGGACCCGGCAGUCACGUCAGCAAGACUUGCCGCCGCACAGGCAUCACCACCAGGCACCUCGCAACAGCAUGGCACACACUCUGGGCGUGCGACGAGAAGGCAUCGCGGGAGCAGCAAGGCUCUGCUUGGAACGCCCGACUAUCUGGCGCCUGAGUUGCUGUUGGGCAUUGGCCACGGUGAGGCAGUCGAUUGGUGGUCACUGGGUGUGUGUCUGUUCGAAUUCCUAACUGGCUAUCCACCCUUCAUGGAUGAGGCGCCUGAGGCCAUCUUUAAGAACAUCCUCAACCACGGUAUGGCCUUUUACUCUUGUAUUUAUAUCCAAUGGCCCGAGUAUGGAUUGUCGCGGGAGGCCCAUGAUCUUAUCAACAAGUUGUUGAGCAGAGAGCCUACGCACCGCCCCUCGCCCGCUGCAUUAAAGGCUCACCCUUUCUUCCAAGGUGUCGACUGGGAGAACAUCAGGAACCAGGAAGCCCCGUUCAUUCCUUCACCCAACGACAACACCGACACAAGCUACUUUGACGCCCGAAAUGCCAGACCCGACAUCAGGCGAUUGUCGAACGGUAACAUGGCGGAAAUUGCAUCGGGAAACGCUGUUGUCUCGGACAAUGCUGCCAACGCUACUUUUGACAACGCUGCCUCGUCCAGGAGCUCAGCAUCAAAGCAACUGGACCCCAACAUUGUGUUGACAGCGUCCCCCUCGAUGGUCCCAACAAUUACCCCAUCAACGUCGGCGGUGGAACUGGAGUCAGGUUCGUCUUCGCUCAGCUCCACAGAGCAAACGUCGAUGCAGACUGUCCGGCCCAGGCUAAUGAACCAUGGUCGCUCAAAGUCAGUCUCAAACCGAGUCUCGUUUUCUCCUGGAUUUGGUUCCUCGUCCUCACCCUCUUCGCUCCAUCGCAUCCGACCUUCGUCAUCCUCCCAAAUGGGAAUUGGCAUGCCACCAUUCUUAGCAGAGCAGCCACUGGGGUCUCCUUUAGCUAAACAAAUCGAGAGCGAGCUUUGGGCUCAGAACCACUCUCUUACCGGUUCGGCUUCGAUGCAGGUGGCCAGAGUCGGUGGCGAUCCAGCCUCGAACCCAAACUAUUUUGCUGGGCUCGACUAUGGAAAGCCGCUACCCAGUAUGGAAAGUCGUUCCACUUUGGCCAGCCUGCAUGAGCGUGAGCAAUUCCAAGAGACGCCUUUUGAUCCCGUUUACAACCCAGUGACAGGCGUCACUGACUUGCGAGAUCUCCAGCCCGCGCCCGCCUCUUCGUCAAGCGCCAAAGACUCGCUAUUGGCCCUGUCAGAGAAGCUCAGCGGACCAGAGCGGGGACUGAGAGUCGAGACCGGAUAUCGACAAUCUUCGUCUCCAAUGCGCAAGGCCAGCGACCCUCGACUGCAGCAUCAGUCUAGCAACCAGCAAAGCCUCCGGUCGUCUGGACUUACGUGGGCCUUGCAGCCACAGUCUCCUUCUCCCUCAUCGCCCCUCGCCGCUCUAGACGUUGAUGGCCUACCUUCAGUGCCCCAGCAGCCGUCCAGCUCUUUAGGAACUACAGUCCAUCAGGCCUCUGACAUCUCUACUGAGCCAGACCAAGAGUCCUACCCACGACCUCGCGUCCACUCUCGCCGACCUUCUCGCAGCCACGAGUACGACCAUGAUCAGGAACCGGAUGAGAUGGAUCGGGAUAUCAUGAAUCAACAGCGGCAUGGCGAUGGCAACGGUACGAUGAUGCAGCGGUCCCUUAGCAUCGAGUCCGAGUUUGAGAGCUUCUCGUACAAGAACGUGACGCUGUUGAACGACGUCAACAUGGAGGCCAUGAUGACGAAAGGCAAGCUGGCGGCGAAUGCGAAUAUGACAGGACUUGGACCAGCUGGAGGACCCUCUACUCCUACUGUCGGCGAACUGGUUAUUUCUCAGGGACCCCUUGAUCCUCUUGAGAGUGGACAGUCAUUGACAGGAAUGAGCGAUUCAUCCAACUACGGCCCGGGACCAUUGUCUGCAUCUGUUUCGGGUUCUGGGACCAGUACAUUAAAGUCUAUGAUCCAGUCGUUGGGAGUCGGCAGUGGCAGUCAAGGAAGCCACUCGAAACAGUCCAGUGGCAGCGAGCCAGGUAGCACCAAUUCUGCGGCGCCCACCUCCAGCACUUUAGCGACAAGUGAGGCGAGCAGGAAGGAUCGACCACGAGAACCUCGCAGGGACGGCAGUUCUGGGUACCUCCUUGGAUUGGGAUCCCUGGCUCGGUCUCGUUCAAGAUCCAGGUCGCGAUCAAGCUCUGCGGCGCAUUCUACGACGGCUGGCGGCACACCUCCAGUCUCUGGUCUGUCUGUCGCCUCCUCGACGCAACAGUUGACCGAGGGAGCAUCUGGAUCUCCGCUCUCUGCCCCAGCGUCGACAGGAAUUGUCGCCUCUGCUACCGCGCCACUACCUCCUGCCAGUUCCGGCCAUACGAUAUUCGGGUUCGGCAACGGAUCGUCCACCAAGUUGCCGAGAUCCAAGUCUGGAUCAAGGGCAGGAUCCAGAAACGGUAGCACGACCAGUCUGACGCUACAGUCGAUGGGUCCUGGGAUGAUCUCGAUGAUGCUGAAGCGAUCCAGCCCUGGCGGAGGAAACGGCAGUGGGAAUGGCGGUAGCGGUGGUGGUGGUGGAGGAGGAGGGAUGUUGACGCCAACCAAGAAGAACAGCACGAGUAGUCUUCGAGACCCAUCUCACCCACUCGCACUCCAUCAUGCAAAUUCGGAGGACGAGCAUGACGGUUUGAUGGCACUCAGGAGGAACAACUACAACUGUGUGAGUCGUCGAGGGAGCGCAGUCAGUAUCACGGGCGGAAACGGUGGUAGUGGAGGUGGAGGAGGAGGAGGAGGAGGAGGAGGAGGCUCUGGUGAGAUGGUAAUGUCUUCUUCGUACUCGUCCAACAAGGAGAGGACGUUCUUUAGCUCGCCACUCUCUGCAAUGCCUAUGGCUGCCGCCCCGGCCGCCACUAGUGCCUCGGCUUCCUCGUGCACUGUUCCAAUCAGUCCUUUGGUCUUGGAGCGGCAUGAGGAUUGGGGCCAGGGGUUGAAGAUGGGCUCUUUGUUAGGACCCAUGUUGCAGACUGACGCUGCCGUUGCCACUGGUACUCUUGCCGGUGGUAGUGGUGCUCUUGGUGUGAGUGGAGGAGGAGGAGGAGGAGAACGCGAGAGUAGUAUUGUUCAAGUGGCUCACGCUGGUCCAAUCGGCGGGGAGGCGACCAAAGGCGGAGUAGUUUAG